AAUCAUAUUUUGUUCCACGAUCGAAAGUAAAUGAUGCAUGUACAAGAUUAGCAAAAACAAUUGAUUCACCCAGUUACGAUGAUGUUAAAGCGUGCUAUGAAGGAAUUAAAUAUGAUGCUAAUCGAGCAAAUGCAUUGAUCGAUGUAGUAGAAAAAGUUUUGUCAAAUUUAUAUAUUUUUUAUGACCAAGCUAAAGAGGAACCAAAGAAAGGUUUUAGUUUUAAACCUAUAGAUUUGGGAAAAAGAUUAAACUUAAUACGUAAAGGACAUUUCAAGUCUGAUUUUGAAUUCAUAACGGUCAUAAGUGAUCUAAUUUCACAAUUAAGAGAUGCUCAUACGCAUUUGGAUAUCGACUGUUAUAACCGAUUUAUAUUUUCUCAACGAUUAUUCUUGUAUUCGGAGGUUACACGUAAUAAAGUACAGAAAAUUAAG